AUGGGGAGUAGUGAACUCUGGGACAUAAUAAAGCAUUAUACCAAACCAGAGCGUUUACCAUUCCGCUGUUUCGUGGCGAACUUCAAGAAAGAGCAUGGAAGGUCACCAAAAAUUGCAGUUGAUGCAUUCCAGUGGCUAUUUGAAUGUGGGUUUUUGUUUAAUGUGCAACAAGAAGAACGUUCUACGUCCGCGGUUUGGCCAGCCCCGCGAAAGGCCAUACUGAACUUCGUCACGAAGUUACGUGACCUUAUUUCCCUGGACCUUGACUUCGUUUUAGUAUUCGAUGGCGACGAGAAACCUAUAUAUAAACAGCACUAUUGGAAGAAACGUGGCACUGGGCAACAGACUGAAGCAAGAUACAGUCCACGUGGACGUUCACCACAGUUGCCUCAUCAAUUGCAUUCUGUUGUCGACCUGGCAGGUGGAAUAUGCCGAGCAUUUAAUGUUGACUAUAUAACUGCGGCAGGAGAAGGGGAGGCAGAGUGCGCAGCACUGCAGGUUGCAGGAUCCGUGGACUACAUCCUUACAAAUGACUCCGAUGCGGCUAUAUUCGGCGCAAGCAGGAUCUUGCGCAACUUCUCUAAGCAUGCCCAAGAUCUUCCAAGUAGUGGUGUUAGUCCUGUGAAGAAGCACGUCUCCGAAUACUUUGUAACUGUGGUUGACAUAAGAGCGGCAACCGAAGAACAUCCGACCUUCAGCCGCAAGGCAUUCGCACUUUUUGCAAUUCUGACUGGAGCUGAUUAUGGCACUGGACUGCAGCACCUUGGAUACAAGCGUGCAUGGGCGCUAACACAGUGGUCAAAUGGCCGCUUUGCUAACCACUUCUGGAAUAUGUGCUCCACAAUACCCGAGGAUGCGGGCGUGGACCCGCCGCAGUACGUCACAUUUAAGACAGUGCUACUAGAGGCAUGUAGAAUGCAUACGAAGGAUAUAUUUGGUCAGGAUCUAAAGUAUUUCCAGAAGGAUCAUGCUUCGGACACUAUCUGGUGGCCGCCAGUGGGAGUACUACAGAGCUACUACAACCCGAAAGUGACCCGCAAGGACUUCAGGAAAUCACUAUUCGUUCGGGGAGCAUCCAAUAGUGCGACAGGCCCGUUUGUGACGCUAAAGAGCGCAUACAGCACCCUGACUACCAUGCGUAUACCCUCAUUAUUGAAGGAUUUUGACUCGUGGUAUCACUUCCUUGUACAUAAUAGUGCGCUCCUAAAACACCUUCUUUACGAUGAUAUCAAAAAUACCGCCAAGAUCACAGAGGAAAAGGUUUUGGAGGUGCACAGCGUUUUGAUACCCUUGUGGAGAGUCCGUUACCGCAGCUUUCUUUCAGACGUGCCAUCACCACCAGUACCAUCGCAAGGUGUGUCGCCCCGCAAACGCAGCCCCUCGCGCAGACAGCUUGAUAUCGAAACCUUUCCUUAUGCUAUGUGGAUUGCCCAGGGAUUAUUACCCAGGACGCAUCGCCUUGUUGAGGAGUUUAAAACAGAUGCCGCCCGUGUGCAAAAGAGCCCAACCAAAGUGGGGUUACUAACGCGUUCACCGCAGAAAAGGACUUUAGACGACUACUUAGACCAAUCUUCAUCCCCCGUUAAACGCCAAAAGCCCACAACAGGCAGCGAAACCCCAAUAAUUACGCUUGACUCAGAUGAUAGCUCUUAUGAAUUUUCCGAGACCUCAGUCGUGGCGCCGACGCUGACGCCCUUGUGGCGUCCUUUUUCACGUGACGUGAGCGGCUCCACAGAACAAAGGCCCUCAAUUGCCGAUGUCACUGCACUAGCAUGCCUACGGGAGCCAGCGCGGCUUAAAGCAUGGUUUGCGGCUGGAUUUGAGCGCGCUGAGGGAUCCGAAGUACACCAAUCAAUACUGUGGCGCCGCUACCGCGAAUUCUUGCUUGCUACUACAGGUUCGACGGACACUAUCCUUGACUACCAUGACCUCCCCGUGCUACUGGAGACAGUGAUCCCCGGCGUAAACGUUAGGGCAGGUGACCGCACAGGCCGUGUCUUCUGUGGCGUCCGCAGCCAUACGGGAUGUGUCUCACCGAACCAGGGGACGACAAACGCAAGGCGGCGUCUGUCUUUCGACAGCUUCGCACAAGACUAG